AUGAAGCUAUGCUUUGUGACUGUGGGGGCCACGGCUUCCUUUCAUAAACUACUUGAACAAAUACUUAGUUCACAAUUCCUCGAGACUCUAUCCAAACGUGGCUACACCCAUCUUCUUAUUCAGUACGGUAAAGAUGGCCAGGAACUUUUCCAGAACUUCAUCGACAGUGACCAGCCCCACCACGGUAUCACCCUUGGGGGAUUCGACUUCCAGCCGAGCAUUGAGGCCCAAAUGAUGAUGACCGUGGAAAGAGAGGCUCUUGAUCAAGAGCGCGGCCUAAUCAUUUGCCACGCCGGAAGUGGGACUGUUUUGGCAGGACUCCGUUUGGGUGUGCCCUUGAUUGUGGUCCCAAAUCCCGAUCUUGCCGAUAAUCACCAACAGGAACUGGCUGAUGAGCUAGAGGAAGGGAACUACGUGAUUAGUAGUUCGGUCAAGGAUGUGGGCAGUGCAAUUAGCAGAGCAGAGACUCAGAAAGCUGAGGUAUUGUCUAUGCGACCUGGAAAUACAAAUCUUGCGGAAAGUAUGUCUGACGAGUUAAGCUUUUUGGACUAA